GCCAAGUUUAUUCAACCCAGUAAAAGAACAAUAUAAAAAGAAACCCAAAUAAAAUGAAGCAGUGCCAGUGAAAGAAAGAGUUUUCCUUCAAAAAAGUGAAAAAGUCCACCAAGACUUUGUUGUUCUGUUCUAUAGUGGCCUUUUCUUGGGCCCGUUUUAAUAUUCAAACAACAAUACUGCGAAUGUUUUAACUUUCAAUUCAGGUGCCAAAAACGAAAACAAUUCGACUCGUUUCGCUGUUUCGUUAAAAAGACAAUCGAUCUUCAUCAAGUACCAAGUGACUGGGUUAUUCCAGAGGUGGCUCAUGAGACCCAUAAGGCUUCCUGAACUGCCCAUAGGACGGAGGAGCGCGGCGGAGGUGUUCGAAGCCGGGAUUUAUGGGAUAAUCAAACGGGUUGUUGUGAUUGGAAAUGGCUUCUCGGGAGCUGAGAAUCAAUGCAUCGGUUUGGUUCGGGCUUUAGGCCUCUCGGGUUGUCAUACUUUAUAUCGUGUUACAAGGCCAAGAGGAGGAAUCAAUAAGUGGCUACAUUGGCUUCCGGUUUCUCUUCAUAAAAAAUUGGAUUAUGUUAUGAGGCAAAUUUGCAUCUAUUCAGGAGUUCAAGUGGAAGCUGGAUGGAGUAAAGUGGUUCCUUUUACAAUUGAAAAAACUGGGUUGUCCAGUGUAAUAGAAGCUGAUGCAAAACAAAUUGCAAUGAUGGCACGGGAUACAUUUGAGAAGGAGGGCCCUCUGUUGGUCAUCGCGUCUGGUCGGGAUACAAUCUCUGUUGCGAGCUCCAUUAAACGGUUAGCCACAGAAAAUGUUUUUCUUGUUCAGAUACAACAUCCACGGUCACGGCUGAAUAGGUUUGAUUUAGUGAUUACUCCUCAGCAUGAUUAUUAUCCAUUGACUCCUCAUGGACAGAGACAAAUUCCUUGGUUUCUCCGGAGGUGGAUAACUCCUCGCAGACCUCCUGAUAGACAUAUGGUUCUCACUGUGGGAGCUCUUCAUCUGGCUGAUUCUGCUGCAUUAAGAAGUGCUGCUUCAGUCUGGCAUGAUGAACUGGCUCCGCUUGCAAGGCCCUUGCUUGUUGUCAACAUUGGAGGGCCAACAAGCAGCUGUCAAUAUGGUGCGGAUCUUGCAAAGCAGUUAAUAGCUAUGCUGCAGAAUGUUCUAUGGAGUUGCGGCAGCGUCAGGAUAUCUUUCUCGAGAAGGACUCCUGAGAAGGUAUCAAAAAUCUUAUUGAAGGAGGUUAGUUCUAAUCCAAAGGUUUACAUUUGGGAUGGUGAAGGUCCUAAUCCACACAUGGGACAUCUGGCUUGGGCUGAUGCUUUUGUUAUCACAGCAGACUCGGUAAGCAUGUUGAGUGAGGCUUCCACUACAGGAAAACCAGUCUAUGUUAUAGGAGCUGAGAGAUGUACAUGGAAGUUUGCUGACUUCCAAAAGUCUCUGCGGGAACGAGGAGCAGUUCGUCCUUUCACUGGCAAAGAGGAUAUAUCUGAGAGCUGGAGCUAUCCACCGUUAAAUGACACAGCAGAGGCCGCUAGCCAGGUGAUGAAGGCACUUGCUGAUCGAGGAUGGACAAUAGACGCAUAAUCUGCUUUCAGUGCUUGAUUUUUAUCCAAGCUUUUGCAAUUGCUUCCACCUUUGAACAGAGUUUAAUCCAGUCCGUACCAACUGAUUGAUCUUCUUUUGCACACAUGUCCAAGUGAAGACAUAUCAGAAAAGUUUUUACUGUAGUUCUUUUUCUUUCACAAUUAAUUUUGUCACACCUUGCUUCUUGUUCACACCACAAAAAUUUUGAGAGUGUAAGGUAAAAGAGACAUGAAUUCUACUUUGUUCAUUAUAUUUUGAUCCAAAGGCAAAUGGAUAAAAGAAACACACUUCUGUUCCGCUCUA